AUUUCUCCUUGUUCCUUGCUCAUCUUCUCCUACAUUACAUUUCACUUUCAUACUACUGUGUCCAUGACCGGACCUACCACCGGCAUUAGCUUCACACGGCCUGCCAGUCCUCCUCAUCGUCGCCGCCGCCCCAAGUUCCUCUCCAUAUCCCUGAUAAUUCUCUUAACCACAUCGCUCCUUCAAUCUGCAUCAGAAGUGUUAGCAUUAGCGUCAGAGGCAGUCCUCACGACCCAGGACACUGAGGAUUCUAAUCCACAGCAGACCAUAGGCAUGUCGCAGAUCAUCGAUCGCGACACCUACGGCGGCCGCAAACCCGACUCUACGUACCCGACUCAAGACGAUGCGCGAUCAUCACCUUCCCCUAAAGAUGCCCUCAAGGAUAAGAACCCUCCUAGUCCAUCCCUAACAGCAGAUCCAGACAUGCUCAAACUGGCUCAAAGCAUGACUCUUCGCGAGCUGGCGGGCCAAAUGACCCAGAUUCAAAUUGGGAUGUUGUUGGACAGCAAAGGCGAGUUAGAUAUGGCCAAGGUCCAAUACUGGAUCGGGGAAUGGGGCGUGGGGAGUUUCUUGGACACACCAACAAAUCAUGGGGGCAAGUACAUCUCUUACUCUGCCAAGCAGUUCGCAAAGAUUGUCGAUGUCAUCCAAAAGGUUGCCAUAUCGACCGGGAAGAAAGUCCCGAUGAUCUACGGCUUGGAUUCAGUUCAUGGCGCAAACUACGUCGAUGGAUCCAUCUUGCUCCCUCAGCAGAUCGGACUCGCCGCCACGUUUAACACAACCACGGCGUACGAGGCUGGGCGCAUCACUGCCAAGGACACACGCGCGGCAGGUAUCCCCUGGGUAUUUACCCCCAUCCUCGAUGUUGCUGUACACAAACUAUGGCCACGCGUCUACGAGACCUUUGGUGAAGAUCCUCAUGUGGUAUCUGAGAUGGGCAGUGCGGCUAUCAAGGGUCUUCAGGGUAAUUACAAGAGGGACCGAAUGCGCGUCGCAGCGUGCAUGAAGCACUUUAUCGGCUACUCUGCCUCCCGUAAUGGCCAAGACAAGGCUUCUGCGUGGAUUCCGGAUAACUAUCUGAUGGACUAUUUUGUCCCUCCCUUCCAGGCUGCUAUCAAUGCUGGCGUAGCGACUGCGAUGGAGACCUACAUUGAUGUGAACGGUCAGCCCGUUGUCGGAUCCAACUUCUAUCUCACAGAGCUGCUUCGGCAACGUCUUCGGUUCAAAGGCAUGCUCGUGACAGACUGGCAGGAACUUGAUCGACUCUUUACAGAGCAUCGAACCGUGUCCUCGCUCAAGGAUGCGACGCUGCAGUGUCUGAAGCAAACCUCGGUCGAUAUGGUUAUGGUACCCGAGUCCGAGUCAUUCUCAAAGGACGCAGUGGCGCUGAUCCAGGAGAACAAAUUGCAGCGGCAACGACUGGUCGAAUCUGUCGCCAAGGUGCUGCAGUUGAAGAAGGAUUUAGGAUUGUUUGAGCAACCAUUCAGCGACCCAAAAUUACUGGCAUAUGUUGGAAGCAAGCAGGACAUUGAGACUGCCAAGAGCGCCGUUCGCGAGAGUAUCACUGUUCUGAAGAACAACAAUGGCAUCUUACCCCUACAGAAUCAGAAGAAGAUUGUUGUCACUGGACCAGCUGCAGAUUCGAUUAGGGCGCUCUCUGGAGGGUGGUCAAUCAAGUGGCAGGGCGCUGAUUCCGACGACUGGUACCAAGGUCGAGGCGAGAGCAUUCUCCAGGGACUCCAAAAGGAGUUUGUCUCCAGUGCUGUCUCGUAUGUGCCAAGUGUCGAUUUUGAUGGUAAACCCCUGAGAAACAACAUUAACGAAGGAGCGCAUCUCGGGGCGGUGGACGGUGCUGACACAGUGAUUAUCUGCCUGGGUGAGAAGCCUUAUGCCGAGAUUGUUGGUAAUAUCAAUGACCUUGAUCUGCCCACAGGGCAGUUGGACGUGAUCCGCCAAGUUAAGGCUCGAGUCCAUGGAACAAAUACCAAGAUCGUCCUUGUUCUAGUGGAAGGGCGACCAAGAGGGCUGCAGGAUACGGAAGGGCUUUUGGACGCCAUCGUCAUGGCCUACUUGCCCGGGCCGUGGGGUGGACAUCCGAUUGCAGAAGUUAUAAGUGGCGCUGUGAACCCAUCUGGACGACUGCCUAUGACCUAUCCUAGUGGACCCGGCGACAUGGCGACCAACUAUUAUCGGUCGGGUGUGGAUGUUUACAAGCCCUUGUUCACAUUCAGUGCUGGAUUGUCGUACACCACGGUGGAAUACGGAGGUUUGGUACUGAACCACCCGGUCAUAAAGACGACUCUGCCUGACGAUGAGGGUGAUCUGGAUGAAAACGAUGAUUUCGGCGACGACGGAGAUAAUGAUAGCAACAGGGGCCAAGUAGACCAUAGGCCCGCACCAGCCGCACCUAGCAGUAAUGAGAAAAUUCAGAUGAAGAAUAUUCCCAGUAUUCUCGCAAAGAUCACGAUCAAGAACAGGGGCAAUCGACCAGUCAAAGAGACAGUUUUCUGGUACAUCACGCAAGAUUACCGCAGCGACAUCAUGCCCGAGGCUUUCCUACUCAAGGGAUUCGAAAAGAUCGACCUUGCUCCUGGCCAAAGCAAGCAGGUGAGGUUCAAGGUCACCAGAGCCGCUCUGUUGUACCAUGGCAGGGGCCUGAAGAGAAAAAUCGGAAAGGGCACGUUCACUCUUACUGUGAAUGCCAUGAGGCCCGAGGCACAGUCGAUCAAGUUUGAGGUCCUGUAGAGUGUGAGCAAAGAGCUGCAUGUAUGCCCAAGAUUGCAGACCCGAAUAUCCAGGGAUAUCAAGAGUGUACAGACAUUGAAUAUACGA